GCGGACGCGGCGCAGGGACCCGGCUGCUGCUGCAGUGAAGCCCCCAGCCCAGAGGAGGCAGCCGCCGCCAUGGGCUAACCCGGCCGCCCCGGACCUCCCCUCCCCCAUGUCGGACGCCUCCCGCCCCAGCCGGGCGCCCGCGUUCCCGCGGCUGUGGGACCUGCGCCCCCACGCCCGCUCGCCCCCCCAGGGCCGCGGCUACGGCUGCCCGACCUGCGGCAAGGCCUUCGCCCGCUCCUCGGCGCUGCUCCGCCACGAGGCCGCGCACCGCGGCGAGAAGCCCUUCCGCUGCGCCGAGUGCGGCAAAGGCUUCGCCCAGGUGGCUCAGCUGGAGACCCACGGGCGGUCGCACACCGGCGAGCGCCCCUUCGCCUGCCCGCACUGCGCCAAGGCCUUCAUGUCCUCCUCCCACCUGGCGCAGCACCGGCGCACCCACUGGGCCGAGCGCAAGCACGGCUGCCCGCUGUGCGGCAAGACCUUCCUGCGCCCGUGGGACGUGGCCCAGCACCAGCGCUUCCACACGGGCGAGCGGCACUUCCGGUGCGAGCGCUGCGGGCGCGGCUUCUUCCGCUCCUCCGACCUGCUGCGGCACCAGCGGGUGCACACCGGUGAGCGGCCCUUCCGCUGCGAGCGCUGCGGCAAGACCUUCGCCCGCUCCUCCGUGCUGGCCAAGCACGCCCGCACCCACACCGGCGAGCGGCCCUACCGCUGCCCGGCCUGCCCCAAGGCCUACGGCACCGCCUCCCAGCUCACCGAGCACCAGCGGGUGCACACCGGCGAGCGGCCCUACCUCUGCUCCGUCUGCGGCAAGACCUUCGCCUACUCCUUCCUGCUGCGCCGUCACCUCAAGAUCCACACCGGGGAGCGGCCCUACCCCUGCCCCGAGUGCCCCAAAGCCUUCAAGACCUCGGGGCACCUGCAGAAGCACCGGCUGAUUCACACCAGGGACAGCGCGGCCGGGGGGAGGAGGCAGCGGCGGAAAAGGGAGGCGGGGCCGGGAGCGGAGUGAGAGGUGGGAAAGGGGGUGCCCCCACCCCGUCCAGGGAGACUCACCCCCUCCCACUGUAGGGGAUGCUCAUUGGGGCGUCUUCGGAGAGGGGAUGCAGAGACUACAGAACCCCCCAAAUUGAAAGCAUGGUGAACCCCCAAAUUAAAAGCCAGUGUCCCACCCAAAUUGGCACAUUGCAGCCCCAAAUUAAAAGCCAGCAUCCCCCCCAAAUUGGCAGUAAGAUGCAUGCUCAAGUUAAACGCCAGGUUUACCCCCAUAUUGGCAAAUUGCACCCCCACAUUAGAAGCCAUGUUCUCCGCUUAAAUUGGCAGCAAGAUGCAGCCCUAAAUCCAGCCCUAGAUUCACCCUUUGACUGGCAAAAUGUGGGUCCAAAAUCAGAGGACUCAGGUUCCCCCAAAAGCUGAUAGCAGGAUUUAACUCCCAAAUUGACAGUCAGGUUCACCCCAAAAGAGCAAAGUUCCUCCCCCAAAAUGGAAUCAGGUUCACCCCAAAAUUGGCAGCCAGGUUUGCCCCCAAAUACCAACAAAAUACACCCCCAAAUUAACAGCAAGGUUCACCCCAAAACAGAAUCAGGUUCACCCCAAAAUUCACAGCAAGAUGCACCCCCAAUUUCAGAACCCCCAAACUGACAGAAGGCUGAUGCCAUCAUUUAUAGAAGACACCCCCAAAUUAGCCCUCACCCCAAAAUUUCAUAGCAAGGUGACACCCAACAUUCAUAGGAUGAUUCACCCCAAAUUUCAUAGCAGAUUCACCCCCAAAUUAACAGCCUGGUUCACACUACAGUUAUUAAUAAGAUGUGCCCCGAAUUCAGAGCUGGAGUCACCCCUACAUUUAUAGCAGUUUGCUGGGAAUUGCAUCCUAACAUCAGCGCCGUCUUUGCCCCCAAAUUUCACAGUGGGUUCACCCCAAAUUUAUAGCAGGAAUCAAUGCAUAAAACUGGCACAGCGGUCCCAAGUUCAGAGCUGGGUUCACCCCAAAACUGACAGCAAGAUUCACCCCAAAAUUUGACAGGAAGGUUUCCCCAGAAUUACAUGGCAGUUGCACCCCAAAUUUUCUAACAAGGAUCCCCAGGUUUACAGCAAUUUGAUCCUGCAGCGAUCCCCCAAUCUGACACCAAGAUUCACCCCAAUUCUGUCACAAAUUAACCGUCUGUUCACCCACAAAUCACAGCAAUUUCAACCCCUCUAAUUGACAGAUUCAUCCCCAAAAUCAGAGCAUGAUGCUACCCCAUUUUACAGCGAUUCACCCCAAAUUGGUGGGGUUCACCCCCAAAUCACAGCCAGAUUCACCCCAUCAGCCAGCCCUGAGAACUGACAGAAUUCACCCAAUGUCACUGUAUGUUUCAGCGUCCCCCCAAACUAACAGAUUCACCCUAAUUUCACAGGAAGAUCCCUCCUCCCAAAUCAUGGCUAGGUUCAGCCCCAUUUCAUAGCAGGCGAGCACCCCCCUAAAUUGAACAAGAUUCACCCCCAAAUCAGCAGCAUUCACCCCAAAAUUUCCAAGCGGGGAAUCAACCCCAAACUGACUGUGACACCUCCUCUCAAAUUCACCCCAAAAUUUCACAGCAUGCUUCCCCCCAGCUGUAAAUAAGAGAGAAGCAGACCUUUCCCCCCCUCCAUAGAUUCUGGGCCCCUGGGGUUCCCUCUAAGCCUCCUCUGGCAGGGAGCAAGGUUACCCUCUUUUUUGAGGGGGCUGUUGGAUGGGGGGGUGCAUGUCUAUACGUCUCUAUUGUGGCCUGAUGCGCUCCGGGACUGGGAAUUGCCAGAUCGUUGUCUCUGUAGUGACCUCCUGAACCCUGAAAUGUAUAUGGUGUUCCCCCACCAAGAAAAAGGACUCAGUCGUCCUCCCUCAUACAGUAAAAUGUGGUUUGGUCCUAUAUACCUUA